UUUUUAUUAUUAUUAAAAAGUGUUUUUGAGGGUGUACACUGUGCAUACAGAACAUGUUUAUUUUAGAAGUGUUCUAAACUAAUCUUGUAUAGGUGAAUAGUUACAUGACCUAACCAUUCAUUGUAUUCAUGUUUACAUAUUCACUUGAGCCUUGAGGUUCAAGAAGCGGUAUAUCACUCGAAGGUUAUUUGCUACCAUUAAUCGAUCUUAAUGAUUGAAAUUCUUAUAUUGUUGUAAAAAGUAAACCGAAAUUCUUUACUAUACGUCUGAAUCAAAUAUUGCCUGUAGUAUCUAUCGAGAGAAAUACUAUAGAUAUUGUACUUUGUUCAUAUAAUUAUUUCGCUUGAAGUACGCAUUCACCAUGCAACCGUUAAACUGCCGCAUGAAACCGAUGAUGUAUUUCUGCCACCUGUAUGGUAUGGGAUUAUACCGUGACGGUUUUCGGAUCGUUUAUUUUCUAUUUAUAUUCGUUAAUUUGUCAGUAAGUAUUUAUAUAUACUACGAAAUGUUCAUUUAUGUCCAAAAGAAUCUGUCGGAAAUGUUCGACCUGUCUACAAUAACGUCCGUGGUUCGACUCCAUAUCAGGUUUUUAGCGCAUCCGAUAAUGAUCGUAUUGUUGUGUGUCAAAAAGACAACCAUUAUGAACUACAUAAGCGAUUUCGACGAUCUCGUCUACAGAAUCAAUGAUGUCUCUCUAAAGCCGUAUAUGAUACACUUCUUCGGUUGGCUGUCGAUUACCAUGGUCGCGGAACUCAUACAGAUAAUGGCGUUUCACUAUCGCACGGACUUAAAAUUUUUUUCGAUCACUGCCACUGCUCAGUUCGUCAUCUCGAACGUGUGGUUAGUAACACCAGUAUUGAUGUACAUUUUUCUCAUCUCCUUGGUCUCCCGCGGUAUACGAGAACUCAACAGUGACAUAACCUCGAUCAGGGUGUGGAAAACGCACAGUCUCAAAUGGAAAGAGCUCCAACACAUGGGAAUAGUUCUAACGAACACUGUGUUUGGAAAGAUUAUCAUUAUUUUUAUUAUGUUCACUAUUAUGGAAUUAACCUUUUUCUGUUUUACGAUAUAUUUAAGUUGGAGAGCUAAUUCUCCUAAUGAAAUUGUUGCAUACUUCAUAAACCUGUGUGUUCGGGCCAGCUUGAUGUUUGAACUUUUUCGAACAAGCCAUAGCUGCAAGAUAGAAAAACAGAUGAAAAGGACACAAAUACUUUUGAAUGGUGCUGUUAAAACUACAGUAUCAGAUUAUAAAGAAUUUCAGUUCACGUCUAUGUACAUGCUGCAUACUGAUUUCAGUUUCAUGCCGUGUAAUAUUUUUGAUAUUACCUAUAGAAACUUAGUUACAAUAUUCACCAUUAUUGCUGCAUAUUCGAUUUUUCAAAUUCAAAUGAAACCAGGUACCCCCAGCUAAAAUAAACAUUUAUUAAUAUUUGUGGAGUUAUUUAAACAUAUAAUAAUUAAUAACGUGUUUUUUCUUAUAAUCAACUAUACAUCCAAAUAGCAUUCAAUAGCAUAAUAUAUUCUAGAAUUUAGAUUCUGAGCGAUAUGACGUAAUAAUUUUACAAUGAUGAGUGUGAUUAUUUUUUUGUUAAAUAAAAAAUGUUUUGCUGGGUCGAAAAGUUUGAAAUUGUUACAUAGGGUUCCUCAUAAUUUAUUAUUAUGGCAAUUUAAAAUAUUAAAGAAACAUAACUUCAAUUAUU